CAGCUUAAUAACAUAGAGAAAGCAUGUCAAAUAAUGUAAGCCCGUUGGAGGAAGCUGCUCUAUCGGGAGAUACAGACCGUCUCUAUGCUCUAAUUGAGGAGGAUCCAGAUAUGUUGAAUGCCGUGGAUGCGAAACCAUUUGUUAACACACCUUUGCAUAUUGCUGCAUCUGUGGAUCUCAGGACGAAUCCUGAUGAGGAGCUCAAGUAUCUCUACUUUGCUACUGAGAUCAUGAUGUUGAAUCCUUCAUUUGCUUUGAAGCUCAACCCGCAAGGGUUCAGCCCCAUCCACCUUGCUGUAAAAAAUGGGCAUAGCAAACUGGCUCGUCGCCUUGUAGACAUGAAGAAAGAGCUUGUGAGAGUGAAAGGAAGGGAAGGCAAUACUCCUCUUCAUUUUGCAAGUCAAAUAGGAGAGUGUGACCUCUUAGCUUACUUUCUGUCAGCUUGUCCAGAUUCCAUUCUAGAUGUGAACACAAGAGACGAGACUGCGCUUCACAUUGCAGUGAGAAAUCAACAGUUUGACGCCCUCGGGGUGCUGAUUGGGUGGCUCAAGGGGAAUACCCGCAAGGGUGCUGCAAGCCUGGAAAGAUCCAUCUUGAACCGGAGAGAUGUGGCAGGCAACACCAUUUUGCACCUUUCUGUUAUCAAUCAUGACAUACAGGCUCUUAAUUUGCUGAUAAAUAAUCCGUACAUGAUAUGUUUAAAUGCAAAGAAUUUGGAGAAGAAGACGGUAUUAGACGAAGCUGCUGGUAAUGCAGAUAUGGUGAGCAAAUUAUCAAAGUCUGGUGCAAGACCUGGAUCAUCACUUGAAGAUGAUCCCAACUGGGGAUCUGCAUAUCGACUAAUAUCCAACAGCAGACAUGAAAAUUGGUAUGCAACUCUAACCAGCAUAAGGCGUAUCAGAUGGAACAUAUCAGACAACCAACGCGAUGCUUAUUUGGUAGCGGCUGCUCUAUUUCUAACCGCUAUUUAUCAAUCGGCGCUGUGUCCCCCUGGUGGACUUUAUCAGGCCGACGGCAGUAAUCUGAACGCUACUUCAUCACUCAAUUCUGCUGCUGGGAAAUCGGUCUUGUCGACCGAUAAAUUUGCUUUCCUUACAGUCAUUAACAUGUUAGCCCUUGCCUUCGCAAUUAUGUCAUUUCUUUUUAUAAUACCAACGGGCAUGAUCGGCGCCUUGCUGAUUGCUCCAACUUUUUACUUUGGCAUCAGCUAUGUCUAUUCUGUGGAACUUAUAACUCCCCCACGUGAAACAACCCGGCACCUGAGUGCUGGUCAAGUGACGCUUCUAUUUGUCAUCAUCGUCUCUGGACUUCUCAUUACAGCGGGGAUGACUAAUCUCCGUGUCCGUGCAGUAGCAGGCCUUUCUCCAUUCACAGCAAUCAACAAAUACAUCUUGCGCCCGCUCCUUCAAAUGUUUAGGAGGAGUAACAAUGCAACUAACAUAUAGUGACACUAUUUACUGCUCAAACAGGGAAAUGGUUGUCAAUUCCAAUCAAGAGGAAGGUAAUCAAGCUGCUAUGAAAGAAUUAAAAA